CCCGCCCCCAGAACCUAAGCCGCCGGGGCAGCUUCCGCAGACCCCACUGCACGCCUGCCCGACCGCGCCCUCGGACACCAUCUACCCUCCGUCUCCCCGACCGCCGACCGCCAGAGCCACCCGCACGCUCGUCUCGUGUUCUCCCUGCGGCCCGGACACAUAGUAUGACCUUUAGGUGUUUCGUCUCCCGGCCAUUUUCUAUGGGAAACCAACAGGACCGGACCAUGAAAGCUACUGGCAGCUUUGAAGAAUGGGACGCCUUUAGAGAAGCUUGAUCUUGGAGGCCUCGGGGUGAGACCUUCCGGAGCCGGAUUCCGGCAGAGUUCCUCUAUCUCGUCUUGUUGCUGGUUGAAGGUGCGCCCUUCUUCAACUUUUCUUCAUCUCCUGGAAGACAGCAGAAAAUUGGCAUCAUGGUUGGGUUUAAGGCCACAGAUGUGCCCCCUACUGCCACUGUGAAGUUCCUGGGGGCUGGCACAGCUGCCUGCAUUGCAGAUCUCAUCACCUUUCCCCUGGAUACCGCUAAAGUCCGGCUGCAGAUCCAAGGAGAAAAGCAGGGGGCAGUGCGAGCUGCAGCCAGUGUCCAGUACCGCGGCGUGCUGGGCACCAUCCUGACCAUGGCGCGCACCGAGGGUCCCCGCAGCCUCUACAAUGGGCUAGUCGCCGGCCUGCAGCGCCAGAUGAGCUUUGCAUCUGUCCGCAUUGGCCUCUACGACUCUGUCAAGCAGUUCUACACCAAGGGCUCUGAGCAUGCCGGCAUCGGGAGCCGCCUCCUGGCAGGCAGCACCACGGGUGCCCUGGCUGUGGCUGUGGCCCAGCCCACGGAUGUGGUAAAGGUCCGGUUCCAGGCUCAGGCCCGGGCUGGAGGUGGUCAGAGAUAUCAAAGUACUGUUGAUGCCUACAAGACCAUUGCCCGAGAGGAAGGGUUCCGGGGACUCUGGAAAGGGACCUCUCCCAAUAUCGCCCGUAAUGCUAUUGUGAACUGUGCUGAAUUGGUGACCUACGACCUAAUCAAGGAUGCCCUCCUGAAAGCCAACCUCAUGACAGAUGACCUUCCUUGCCACUUCACUUCUGCCUUCGGGGCAGGUUUCUGCACCACCAUCAUUGCCUCCCCUGUCGACGUAGUCAAGACGAGAUAUAUGAACUCUGCCCUUGGCCAGUACAGCAGCGCUGGCCAAUGUGCCCUCACCAUGCUCCAGAAGGAGGGUCCCCGAGCCUUCUACAAAGGGUUCAUGCCUUCCUUCCUCCGUUUGGGUUCCUGGAACGUGGUGAUGUUCGUCACCUAUGAGCAGCUGAAACGGGCACUCACGGCUGCCUGCACUUCCCGGGAGGCUCCCUUUUGAGCCUCUCCUGCUGCCAACCUGACCACCUCUGGCUUGGCUUCAGCUCCAGCCAGGCCCUCCUUUUCCUCUUCCCCUCCUUCCCUUCCCUCACUCCCCACCCCUUCCUUCUCCCAUUUCUACCAUCUCCCUUCCCUCUCCCCACAUUUUCACCUCUCCUCCCUACCUCAUCUCCCCAUUGCCUCUCAGUCCUGGUGGAAUUGACCCCAGUUGUCACCAACCAGGAUCCCAAGCCCCUCAGACCCUUGAGAAGUUCAGCCCAUCUCUUUAUCUUAUUCCCAUGCUAAGCCAGCACGUCAUCCAUAAAACAAGCUCAAUCUUGG